GGCGGAGGUUCGGCGAGUGAUUUUGCCCCUCGCAACCGCCGCCGUCGCCGGCUCUUCUGCUGCGGCUUCACGGCCUACCCGCUGCGGCCUCCUCGCCCCUCGCUCUCUCGGUGCGUGCGUCUCGCCCCGACCCCCGUCUCACCCCCCGCUUUACCAGCUCCGCGUCUCUGGUGCAUCGAUCCGUGUGCCGCAUACUCGGUGUGGCCUCACGCGAGAGCGAGCGUGCGCGCGCCCACGGCUUUCACACCUAUUCUUCCCACCCCUGCUGCCUCUCUAGGCCAUUAACACCUAACCACCACUUCAUAAUCAUCAUCCCUCAGGAUCCACCAAAAUCCCACCACACACUGGCGGCCACGAUUUCAUAGUAUGCUUAUGAAAAUCCUCAUCUGCGAUUGCGAUUUCAUGGGCCAAAACCACAGCAACGUUUCAUUUCUCUGUUGCAGUUCCACGGUCGGAACUGAGAAGAAGCCUUCCUCUAGCACCACUGACAAUCUAGACAAGCCAACGUAUGAAGUUGUCUACGCAUGGUCACAGUCAUUUGAGAAUCUCAUGAAAAAUAAGCUUGGUCAGAAGUAUUUCGCUGAAUUCCUGAAAGGGGAAUACUCGGAUGAAAAUAUACUUUUCUGGCAAGCAUGCGAAGAACUAAAACGGGAAAAGAACGCUGAGAAAAUUGAGGAGAAAGCACGAAUCAUCUAUGAGGAUUUCAUCUCAAUACUCUCACCAAAAGAAGUCUCAUUGGACUCUAGGGUUCGCGAAAUUGUCAAUACGAAUAUGUCACGACCGUCAUCAGCAACGUUUGAUGAAGCCCAAAAUCAAAUCUACACCUUGAUGCAGAGAGACUCCUAUCCGAGAUUUCUGUCAUCACAACUGUACAAAAACAUAAUAGGAAAUCACGGAACACUGGAGGAGGUCUGAACACGUUGAACGGGAUCUAUUGUUGAAUUUAUUAUCACUGCAAUUUUAUACGUCUAUAAUGAGUGCAUGUGCAUGGAACAUAUGUGUCUGUUCAUCUUCUCAACGUCAUAUUUGCGCUGUACAUACAGGAACUCCUAUUACCACAUAUCAGAAGCCGUUUGUAUACGAUGACCAUCAAAAACAAAAAAGAAAAGCGCACACAAUCUCACUUGUGUAUCCUCCUCCUGCGCCUCGGUUGAUUCGAUGGACGUCGCCGUUGAAUUCGGUGAUCCAGCUUCAAUUCUUGACUUCUUUUCCUUGAGGGUGUAUUGAGUUACAGGCAUAAUAUUUCUCAUAUAAAUUAUACAUAUGUAGAAUGACGGUGUAGUUGAAUAAUGUGCAGUCCCUUGCUAGCGAUCUCCUUCAUUGUUGUUUCUGUGGGCUUUUCUUUUUGCUGUAUACUCACAUUUGAUUGCGCACCUCCAUUCCACAAAUAUUUUGUCACCCCAAACGGCACCAAAAUGUACAAAAUUGUCAUGUAAUUCUCGCCCAUUUCGCGCUGUUUCAGCUCCCCUUCUCUCAGAUUCCCAGAUUUCUAGUCCAAAAUUUUCGGUGAUGUCUUAGUUUCACAACUUUCAGUGCAAGAGUUGUUUUCUCCACAAGUCUAGCAGAUUUUGUCGCUGCAAGCAUCGUGGUCCGUUUUGUGUUAAGAAGAGUUCUAUCUGCAUGCACUGUUAUUAGUCAUAUUUUUAUGAGCUCAUUUUCGAGUAUUGCGUGUCGCAUAGGUUUGAAGCGUUCAAAUCAAAUAUGUUGUCGUCGUUUUGACCCCUCAUGUUUUGAGAGUCGUGAAUCAUUGUAUUUUAUUUUGCUGCUAUUUUUUGAUGUUCUAUAACAGCAACCAUUCUUUCCGGUUUGAAACUUUAAUACUUGUGGGAAUCGUGCUGGUGCCUUGCUACCAUGAGGAAUCACUCACGCACGUGAUCCAAUCAAUCUCUGCACAUUUUCU